UGCUCUAGGAGUGAGCAUUUUCUCCACAAGGGAGAACCGCUAAGCCCUUAUCCCUUAUUGCGGCUUUAUCCGGGCCCUUAAAGUACCAGAUGAAGUGGGAAGUCUUGCAAAGUGGCUGAACUGAAGUGAAAAUUAGGUAGCUAGCUGUUGGUUGUUCAGAGUUGGCCUUUGCCUGUUUGCAGGCUCAUGGACUUGCACACUUAAAAAUGUGUGUGUGACAAGCUUAUCAGGCCCUUUGUUAAGAUGUCUGUCCAACACCUACAUUUGUGUGGCUUCAAAUGCGUGUUUGCCGUGUGGACAAAUGCCAAUUCGUACUUCCAAGGGGGCACCGAGCUCCUGGAAUUGAGUCUCAUCAAGAGAGAGAAGGAAGGAGGGAGGGAGGGAGAGAAGAAGGGAGGAGACCGUCCUCUUUUCGGUGUGUUGUGCCAAGAAGUCGUCUCUACUUGAAAGCAAAGAUCGGAGGUGGAGAGAGAACUUGUGGAGUACAUGAACUCAUCUGUAUUAGAAAAGUCUCUCCAGAGGCAGUUGGAUUUUUGUCAGCGAUUGGGGUGUUUAUUAUCUUGAUGCUGCUCCUUUUUCUCUAUAUUAAUAAGAAGUUCUGUUUUGAAAAUGUUGGAGGUUUUCCAGACCUUGACCCAGGAUACAGCACACAGAAGAAUUCACAAGAUAAAACGUAUAAUUCCUACAUGGACAGAGAUGACCCUGGUUCAUCCUCUGAAAGUGAAGAUGAAGCAUUGGGUAAAUAUCACGAGGCCUUAUCCAGAACACACACUUCCAGGUGGCCAUUGGUGGAUUCUAGACAAAAGAACUACGCCUGGGAAACAAGGCAGAAAUACAGCCCGUUGUCUGCGGAGUAUGACGGGUACAGCAGUGAAGCGUCCAUGGAGGACGGAAACUGCAUUCAGAGAAUGAGAAGGACACCUCCAUUGGAUGAGCUGCAGCCACCACCUUACCAAGAUGACAGCGGUUCGCCUCACCUCUCAUGCACACCCUCGGAGAUCGGGGAUGGCAAGUGUGAGAUUUCCCGCUGCAGCAACAGCCCACGCUGCUCUUUCAACAAGUGCCCCAGCGAAGGAAGCACAGGGCAUGAGGCAGAGAGCUUUCACAAUAAAGGCUAUGAAGAUGAUGUCCCUAGCGACAGCACCGCAGUCCUCAGUCCUGAAGACAUGUCAGCCCAAGGAUCCUCCUCACAGCUUCCUAAGCCUUUUGCUCCAGAGCCAGAAGCUAAAUACGGCACACUGGAUGUGACCUUUGACUAUGACUCACAAAGACAGAAGCUUCUGGUGACGGUGACAGCUGUCACAGACAUUCCAACGUAUAACAGGACAGGUGGCAACUCGUGGCAGGUGCAUCUUGUUCUUCUACCUAUAAAGAAACAGAGAGCCAAAACCAGCAUCCAGAGAGGACCAUGCCCUGUCUUCACAGAAACAUUCAAAUUUAACCACGUUGAAUCAGAGAUGAUCGGAAACUAUGCAGUUAGGUUUAGACUGUACGGUGUUCAUCGUAUGAAGAAAGAAAAGAUUGUGGGGGAAAAGAUUUUUUAUUUAACAAAGUUGAAUCUUCAAGGGAAAAUGUCGUUACCGGUGAUACUGGAGCCUUCCUACAACCCUUCUGGCUGUGACUCCCAGGUGAGCUUGUCAGAAGUGUCCUGUGGUGAAAGUACAUCCUCCUGUCAGUCCCUUGAACAUGGCUCCGUUCCAGAGAUCCUCAUUGGGCUCCUUUACAAUGCCACCACGGGACGGCUAUCAGCAGAAGUCAUCAAAGGCAGCCACUUCAAAAACCUGGCAGCAAACAGACCACCCAAUACAUAUGUUAAAUUAACACUGCUGAAUUCCAUGGGCCAAGAGAUGUCCAAGUGCAAGACAUCCACCCGCAGAGGGCAGCCAAACCCGGUGUACAAGGAAACUUUUGUUUUUCAAGUGGCCUUGUUUCAACUUUCUGAUGUGACUCUGAUACUGUCUGUGUAUAACAAGCGCAGCAUGAAAAGAAAGGAGAUGAUAGGCUGGAUUUCCUUAGGUCUCAACAGCUCUGGGGAGGAGGAACUCAGACACUGGACUGCAAUGAAGGAGUCCAAGGGACAGCAAGUGUGCAGGUGGCAUGCCCUGCUGGAGUCCUGAGCAAGGAGCUGCUCCCUGAAGAGUCCGCGUCCACACCCUGCCGCAAUGCUCCACUCUUUGGGAAGGACCAUCAGUGCUGAGCUGAGGGAACGGGGCUUUGUCUCUGGUAGAGCUCUGUGAGAAACCAAGAAACUUGUCAGUGUCCAGCAGUCCUCCAGAAAUUGAAGUACAUGCUUUUGAUUUGAAUUUUAUUUUAUUUAGUGAAAAAGCUAGGAAUUUUGUGGUGAUUGUGGUAAAAAACCAAAAUUUCCAUUGUAGCACUGCAUAUCAUCGUCCACAUACUACCCAUAAAGAGUUAUGCCGGCCAGUCCUUGGAUGAAGCUCAGCGAUCACGGUCACAUCUCCAGGCUCGUUCACGCUGAUGAUAGUUUCAUCUCAGAUGUGUUCUCUCUGUGCCUCAGUCUUUCUUAUAGUACUAAACCCAAGUGCAAAAUUCCCCGAAGCAAAGUUUAAGCUUGGUUUCUUUGAAGUUUGUCUUUGCUUCUAUUUAUUUAUUUAUUUAUCUAUUUAUUUAUUUGUUUGUUUGUUUGUUUUUUAUUCCAAAGAGACUAUACCCCAUUGGUCCCUUGCAAACUUUUCUGACUGUACUGCAGAAACUUCAUAACUUUAUGGUCGAGUCCUUUGUGUACUCUAUGUCCCAAUGUAGAAAAUGGUAGAGCAAACUCUCAUUUGGAAUCGCUUUUAUGAUCAGUUUUCGCAGCUGUGUGAUGUGGCAGGCAUGGUGGGUAAUUGUUGCAAAUGGAAGGCAUUCUAGUUAAAGGAGUUUUGACUAUCUGUUCCUAGUGUUGAGCCUGCAGGCAGCAUCGGAACAGGCUCCUGGGGUCCUUAUUCACUCCGAUUUCUUUGUGGUUCUCAGCUUUAAUACAGUUAGGAGCAUUCUGAGAUCCCUGUGUUCUAGUGACUUGUGCUGUGUUUUGUGACGUCUUCAGCGUGAUGUCACCCUGUGCCUUUCAUGCAAGUUGACCUUGCUUACACAGCUGGGAAGCCGUAUUUGCAAACUUGGCCUUCAGCACUCACAGGAGUGAAGCCCUCGGCUGCCAUGCCAAUGCCGCGCUCUGCAGCGUGGGAGGCAGCGUGCUUGCUGGCCUCCUCAUGGUUGAGCACUUUCUGGUCUUGUCUUCAUAUUUAGAAAUCAUAGACCAAUUGGAUAUAACAGAAGCUAUUUUCCUUUAGUUUUCCUUCUUACCUGACAGAAAUGGUAUGUUUAUGCUUUACUAGAGCAUGUUGUGUCCGUGAAAUGGUUUUCCUUCUGCUCUUUCACAUUCCUCGAUCAACCUGACAAAAAUGUGUUAUUUGCCAACUAAUGAAAAGUUGUGUCGCGGUUCCGAUCCCAGCUGAGCACUCUGUACUGUUACUGUGAGCUAGAAUUCACUGAAUCCAGACUAGCAGAGCCGCACACUGACUGCUAAGGAUGUAGUAGUUCUGAAAGGCUACUACACACACCCGGAAACACACCCGGAAGGCUUUGAGCACCUACAUGUUAGCUGAAAAGAAGGCAUCUCUGUGCUUUCAGACACAGCAUCUUAAGAGGAAAAGAUACAGACAGGAAGCAUGAAGUUAGUUAAAAGGCAGAAAUUUCAGAGCCCAGCAAAGUGGCUUAUCCCUGUAAUGCUAGUACUUGGGAGGCUGAGGCAGGAGGAUUGCUGUGAGUUUGACACUAGCCAAACCAUCCUGGACUACAGAGUGAGAACUUUCAAAAAAAAAAAAAAGGUAUGUUUUAAAAAAAAAAGUAGCAUUAAAAAGACAGCAUUAGGGCUGUGGAUAUGGCUCAGCCACUGAAGGCCAGGUUCACCACCAAAAUAAAAAGAAAAGGUCCUUCUACCACUCGACUAGUGAGCAUUCCAGGACUGGUUUGGGGAGAGGGAGUGUUCUUUCUUUCUUUCUUUUGUUAUUUUUUAAGUGUUAUUGAAGAACAUAGUAAGGCAAAAUGUGAAGAAGGCUAUAGGUUACUCUGAAAAUUGGGUGCAGGCAUUUGAUGCUAAGUGAGCUUUUACCUGCUUUGAAACAGUCACCCGCGUGACUAACAACUGCUGUCUUCCUAACAAAGUCAUUGGUCUUGUUUGUGACGAGGUUCAGUUGGACAUCAUAAGACCAGCUUGGUGCUUUCACUGUGUGGAGAGGAAAACCUGUUACUUGUUCAGCCUCCUUUCUGGAGACUGCCCAGAACUGUAUGUACUCCCAAAGAUCCUCAGGGGUGUCUGGUGUAGGUGUCCCUUCAUGUACGGCCUGGAAAGUGAUUUCAGUCUUCUCUAACUUCAGGAACAGACCUCCCACCCUCUGUCCAUUUUCCAAGUCCUCAAUGAUUAUAAAUUGGGUGUGCCUGUAACUGCACACACAGCACAGUGUGCUGCGCACAAGCAAAGGCGAAGGGUGCGAACCGCCUUUCCACAUAACCCGACAGGAAGGCAUUUCUCUGCUGUUUCUCCUCUGUAAAAUUUCUAAAUGUGAUAUUAGGUUUAGAGCCAAAUGCUGCCAUUCUGCCACAGAUACACAAAUAUGCAUCCUUUCCCAAAUUAUCUGAGUCACAGAUGUUGACUCAGAAUCUUGAAAAUGACAGUCUAUACUCUUACUGUCUUGCUAAAAGCAAAUGAAAUAUCCAGACUCCACAGCUGACUGGAAUAUGGGGUAGUCUUAGCUUCCUCAGUGUGGCUGUGGGCUGCUGUCCAGGAGCGCAGUACUGUCUGACCUCAGAAGCAAGCUUCUGUAAUUGUGGAGCCUGAGUACCAACCACCUUGGAUUGAAAUCACAGCUGCAUAUUACCUCACUGCAUGUCGAUGAGCUCUCAGUACUGUGUUGACUAAAAGUUACUUCUUAGACCAUGUUGUAAGAAAAAGAAAAAAAUACUUAAACUGCCUGGAUGACUGUGCUACUGUGAAGUUGAGUGUUGGCUGGGGUCAGAUCUGCUCUGUGCAAAACACAGCUCUGUGUUACAUCACCGCUUCCUCCUGGGCUAGGAGCGUGAUCAGUGCCUGGGAGUCUGACCACAUCACUAGACAAGCAGAAACAGUCUAGGCUGUCCUUGACAAUGAGGAAUGCAAAUGCUAUCAUAGCUUUCUAGGGUGUUAAGAAACAGGAGAGUUGUUUAAAGUGUACUUGGUAGAAGACCAGUGGUCACCAACCAGUUUUUUCAAAAUCCUUGUUCAGCUAUCAAUAGAAAAGACACAAGGUUCAUUAGCAGAAAUAUUUAUGUCCAUAGACUGGAGAAUUCAUAGAAAAAUUUACAUUCCUGGUUGUUAUUCCUAAGUUUCUUUCUCUUACUCUCUUUAUAAUCCAUUUCUUCCUCCUCAUCUGCCACUGGACAGUGACCAUCCGUGUCUUUGUCACCGGCAGUCUGAUGCUGAGACAAGGUGGGGCAUGCAGUGAAGCCCUUCAAACACGCUACAGCGCUGACAAUGUUACGGCUAUAACUUAGUCAAGAACUGAGACAAUAAUUGGUUGUUUUAUUUGAUUCUCACAACAUAUUAAGAGGCAAGUAGCAUCACUAGUGUUUUCUCUGUGAAGAAGCUGCUGCUGGGGGACCUGAGCUGAACCCCCUAAGGUUGCCCCUCUUUAAGUGAACCACAGUAGAACUGGGGUCACUCCAAGCCCACUUAUGCACAUUGUAUCUUCACCCUCUUUAUUAUGGGCGAAAAAAGCAGCAUUGUGCUGGGGCAAUUUCUGCCCAGCUUAUCUGAACGGCAGAGAUAGGCCCGAGAGAGUAGAGAGCAAAAAGACAGCUGAGGAGCUUGAGGGGCUUGAGGGGCUUGAGGGGCUUGAGGGACUUGCCUUCUCGGGACAGCCAAGGGGCUUGCCUUCUCAGGACAAAUGGUAUUUAAGUAUCAUAAUUUGGGGGUGAUUUUUAUUUUUAAGGACUUGAGAUUUGUUUGCUGUGUCUACACUGUACUUGUAUUCUGACAAUAUAUUAAUUCAGUUGUUCUUCUUGACCAAGUUAUUUUCAUUAUCUGCAUAUACUUUCCUACCCUGUGAAAUGGCAGGCUAUCUGCUAACCCACAGUCAUGUUGGAGUCAGAGGAGAGAUUGCUGCCUUUCUGCACACGUUUAUGUUCUGUUGAUAUUACACAGAAUGCACACCUAGCUUCCUUCCCUCCAUUGUUAGUAACUGCACACAGCAAGUACUGAUGAAUGAAAUCUCUUUGGUAGAGUCGGCACUACUGUUCGUGAAUCUUGUUCACUGACUGAGUUCUCUUUCUCCCUUUAAUGUAUAUGUAUGAGCAUCCCCGCUGUGUGCCGUGCACUGUUGUGGGGGCUACAAGUUGGAUGGACAGUCCUCCCUGACGAUCCUGUGUGCUAAGGUAUUGAGACUGGCAUUGAAUGAUGUCUUCCCAUAAGAUACGAGGUUAGAGAAAGACAUGUGCUGGGGCUGGCAUUGAGUAGGAAAGUGAACCCCCAGUUUGACACUAGUACUAGACAAUGAGAAAACAUAGGAGGUGGACUCCCACCAAGAACCCUAGAACGCACAGAAGUGACCCCCAGUUUGUAAUGUACCUAAGAAUUCUCUCUAGGUUCUGUCCAGAGAUUCUGUUCAGAGGUGUAAAGGAAAAGCCCGAGAGUCUAGGUCUGAAUGAGCUCCCCAGGAAGUUCUACCCGAGCAGUCUGGGACAUAACACUUUGUUUCUUAUCUGCAGUUGUUGGCAGCAGUUUCGUACCCAUAGAUAAAGUCUUAGUGCAGCAGUGGUAAGGUCUGUAGUUUCUGAGUCAUUGUGAGGAGGGCAGCUUCUCGGGAAUGAAAAAUCUGAGGCCAUUGUGUCUCACUCUCUCCUAAUCUCUCUCAUGUUGCUUUAAGAAAAUGAUUUCCAAAAAUGCAAAACUAAAGCUAAUACCAUAAAGUUAAAGAAAGGCCUUUUUAGAGGUGAUGGUGUCUUUCUGGCAGUUUUGUAGGAUAAAUAACUAGGGAUAUUACUAUGUCCUGUGAUGCACUGUCAUUUCCUGGCUGAGAGGAAACCAGGACAGCUUUGACAAGUGUACUGACGCUGUCCUCAAGUGUUGGGAUUAUUUCAAGCACAGCUGGAAAUGUGUGGCGGGACUCACAAGUAAUUUGAGUUUACCAUGAGAAAAGGUAUGGAAAUAACAUAUUUUAAAAAUUCACUUAUUAUCUGUCUAUAUAGUUUUGUUUCAAUAACUUUCUGAUGAAACAGAACCGCAAUCCCGAGGCACCUUCAAGCUGACAGAGAAGGGACAGCCUUGGCCUCAGCUGGCAGCGACUGCCACGUCCCAGCAACUUGGCUGGACUUGAUCCUGACUUCCGACAUACGGUGGUGUAUCAGAACUGUCUCUCAGUGCUUGAGCUAUGAAUUUUAAGAAUCUGUUAAGUGUUGGACCUAGUCUUUUUCUAAAACUUAAGAGGUUCAUCACUGCUUGGUACCUCUGCACUGGGACUUUGCUUCUCAAACUAAUGUAAUUUUUACAGAAAAACUCAGAAUCAGUGGGUCUUUUUAUUCAGUAUCCCCUUUCCUUACUCUCUUCCCCAUCCUCUCUUCCUUUCUUUCAGUUUUUGAGGCAAGAAGCUUCCUUAUAGUCUAGUUUCUACGGAGCUUUCUUACUUAUUUUUCUAAUAAUAAGUGUAACCGAAUGGUAACAUUUAACUGCUCUGUGAGCAGAGUUGUCUCAACCAACCGAAGAAAUGUGCUGCCUAUUGGUGAUUCCUGUGUCUCAACUCUCUAACCUGUUUGCUAGCGACUCUCCCCCAUGAGUGGACCUUCUCGUGUACAUAGUAUGUCCAUGUGGUCAUCAGCAGUGCUGUGCUGUUGUCACGUGUUUAUAUGCCCUUGAUCAAAACUAGACGCUGACAAGUGUGAGCCAUCCUCUGUAGCGUGGACGACUGAACCCCUUCGUGUUGCUGGAGUGGCGCUGUGUGUCGUUGCCUUUAACUCUCUCACCUUCCUUUGUGCUCUCUACACCGACUGUCACGGUGCCUUUUCCCUUUUGUAUAAUUGUAUUACAUAAAGAAAUUGCUGAUCUGUGUGUAAAAAUGUUGAAAUUACACCAGUCCACGGAUAUUUUAAUGGCAGUUCAAUUUUCCAGAGAAUAAAUUUUUGUGUGCAUUAAACGUUAUUUUUCUUCACGUUUUUGUAAAAAAAAAAAAAGUGUUCCAAUUUUAGCACUCACGUGGAAUGGAAAAACAUCCAUCUUCUUUGAUGAUGAUACAUAAAAUUCAUCCCUAAUUCUCGCUGGCAACGAAGUGUCAACAUGGCUGUUACACAGCAUGAGCUAAUGUCAUUUCCCUAUACAAAUAUCAAGUAGGUCUGGAUGUCCCCAAGAUUGGGUUUGAAAAGAAUCAUAUAGGUUAUCAAAUACUUUUGUCAAAAUAUUUAGAUCAUAGUUUUUUCACUGGGAGUCAUCUGACCACUGAAGAAGACUCCAGGCAAACAUUUUA